AUGUUAAGAUUCAAAGACUUUUCGGCGUGCGUCUUUGUAGAUGGUGUUGAAGUCGAAUAUUUUGAAGCCAGGACCAAGUGGGACGACAGUGAAGAAGGUCAAGAAGUCAUGCACGCGUAUAUCGUCGGCGAGCCUGGAAAAACUUUCACCAUAUCGUGGAAAGACCAUCGUGGAACUAAAGCCUCUUCGGGACACAUAUUUAUAGACGGCAAAGACGUAGCUAGCGCUAUUAUGAGGAUCGGACGCGGCAAGCCAGUGUCGAGAUCGGGAGCCAAAGUAUCGGAGGACAAACUAAGGCCGUUUCAGUUUGCACACUUGAAUAUUACUUCCGACGAUAGACUGGCAGACAAGAAAAAGGAUAAAGAAAGAUUGAAAGAAAUGAGUACCAUCCGAUUGGAGAUUACAUAUGUCCAAGUAGGUCCCCUGGUACCGUUCAAGAACCAAGAGGUCCAUGACUGGGGACACGUUCAUGAAGAAGCCAAAGCUCUGGGGCUGAUGACAGAAUAUGCCCCCAAGAUCGCGAUACCGGCCAGUCGAGCUGUCGCGACUCGCCGACUUGAUCCUAGCAAGGACGGACCGGACGUGCAGUUUAUAUUUACCUAUGCAACACGAGAGCACCUCAUGGCGGCGGACAUCAUUCCAAAUCCGCGAGCGCCUAAAAUUACGAAAGGAGCCAAUAUUCAAGAUGCUUUGGUGAUAGAAGGAGAUCGAGAUGAGCCUAACAACAAACGUGUUUCAAUUCCACGUUCACCCUCAAAGAGGAAUCGGGGUAAAUCAAACACAUGGGUCGGUUCCGAUGAAGAUGAUGAAGAUGAACCAGAUACGACAAAACGUCCGAAAAUAAAUGGGAGUGCUCCUGGAUCAUCUACGAACGGUGCUUCACCAACGCUUGCGACUCUACCUCGUGCUGGGACUGAGGACGAUCUUGAAGAACUUCAGCACCAACUAGACAAAUACAACUUGGAACGAUCUCAGGAGAGUGAUGGAGACGAGAGCCACGUGGAAACAGCCGUGCAACUGAAUAAUGACGAUGGCGAUGAGUCUCAAGAUCUCUAA